AUGUCGUUCAAGUUAAAUGAUUAUAAUGCCUUUUUGACUUCAUUAUAUGAGAAGAAGCCCAAUAUAAAGAGCGAACAACAAUCGUCAGAUGAAUUUCCAGUAGACUUUGAUUUUGGUUUAGCGAUGUCCACGGAAAAUACACAAGAUAGAUUCAACAAUAUUAAUACGGAAUUUAUUGCAGAAACAGGUGCUUCUAGUCUAAUGAACGAUGCUUAUACCCAGGGAUUGAGUGGGUUGCAACUACAAGAGUCGCAAGCAAUACUGCAAGAAGUAUUUGAAUAUUCAAGCCCACAUGAUCAAUUCCAAGUGAAUUCGAGUAAACAACAAAUCAACAGACCAGGCCCCGUCAAAUCAUAUUCUUGUUCGCAAUUCGUUCCACCUAAUACUGACAUAGAAAAUAAAAAGUUCGAUGCAUCUCUUGCAGAAGCCCAAGCUAGACCAAGAACAAAAUCAGCUCACAAUGUUAUAGAACAGAGAUAUCGUAACAAGAUUAAUGACAAGUUCACCGUUUUACAGAAUACCGUUCCAAGUCUCCGGGUUGCGAAAAGAAAACUAAAAGGAUUGGCUUCUCCAGAUUUCAAGCAAGACUACGACGAAGAUCCUAUAAAUGAUUACAGUGGUUCCGAAGAUGAGGAUCUAGAGGGCUUAGAGCCAGCCAAAAAAUUGAAUAAGGGGACUAUUCUCACGAAGUCUAUAGAAUAUAUCAAGUUUUUGGAAAUGAAAAAUAAUAGCAUGCUCAACGAAAACGAACAAUUACUUCUAAAAGCAAGAUUGUUAGGCAUACCCGUUGAUGAAUCAUUGCGAUACUAA